AUGGGCGCCGGUAACGGUCCGAUCAGAGGGUCAGGUGCUGAGGAACAGCUUGGUGAUCGGCUUUCCUGGUGCUCGUCCCCGCGGCAGACCGGAAGGCGCAGAUUGCAGGAUGAUCUCAGAACGGGACGGGGAAAUAGGUCGGUCGUGGGAAUCUUCUUCGCCUGUGUUCGCCCAAACUCCGAGACGGACCAGGCGGAAUGCGCCGGGUGGCCGGCGUCGGCCGUGCACUGCAGCUUGCAGCAGCGGCUUGCAGCAGCCAGCAUUGCCCAAGCGGAAGCCGAGCCAGCGGCAUCGUCAUCACAGAUGGACCACAGAUGGACCAGGGCGAAGAGUCAGCGAUGGAUGCAAGCCCAUAUGCACCACACGUGGUAG